AAUGCCGCAGCGCUGUGGAGGAAGGUCUGGCAUUGCGAGACUAGAGGUGAACUGACCACAGUGCUGGUUUUUUUGUUUUGUUUGUGUGCAGUUUGUACGAGGCUGAAGCGGCAGAAACAAGAUGGCCGACAGCCAUCCAGUCACACCCCCACGUUCAGGAAUCAACGCUGUCGAGCGACACCAGACACCACUGCUCUGUGUUCAGACGAUGACUGGGUUUCUAAAUGCCCGUCUGGCUGCAGACUGCAAGGUUUGAUCUCACAGAUGGAGAGCAAGGCGGAGAGGAAACUGAGGAAGGUUUGUACAACAGCGAAGAUGUACGAAGACGCGGCGGAGAAGUCCAUGGCGACGAUGACACACGUCUACGGCUACAACCAGCGAGUCAUCGUCAACACGCUCGUGUCAGAGCGGACGUUCGUGGAACACGCCCAAGGAUUGGCCGGGAACCUCACGUCGCUACGGAAACGGUCAUCCCGGCUGUCCCAGAAACUCGUGGAGCUACACGGCAUUGUCCGGAAACAAAUGGAGGACUUGUAUCGAACAGAGGUGGACAUUGACAUGAAGCUGCGAGCCUGCUACGGGUCCUGCCGGGCAGUGUUACCGUUCAGCGUCGAUCCUCUUGGUUACCAAACGCUUCAAACGGACAUGGACGAGACGGACCGGACUCUCAACCAGAGAAGGAAGGCCGCUACGCCUCCUGAACACAUCCCACGUAUCAAGCUGCAGCCUGUAGACGUGAGCCCGGCAGCGUCCGCAGAAUAUAACAGCGUCCCAACGGUCCGAGGAAAACUGUUGACCCAGUUUGAGGACCUCGGAGCGAACCGGGUCGUUCUGGAGGCUCUGGAUCCCGCAGAGCUGGACUGA